AUAAGAUACUUUUAUUCACGUCCGCCAGCUGGUCACACUGCACUGCACUGAAAAUAUGAGAAAAAGUGUAAAAAUAACAAAACAAACGUGCAAUAAAAGGUGAAAAAAGCAACGCGCAGUUGCAGGUAAAUCGGCGAUAAUCGUGCAACAAAACUUUGCGAAAUCGGCAAGCAAAGAGCUCGCGCAAAAAAAGUAGCCAGCGGACAGCAGAGCGACGAAGAUGAUGAGCGAAGAAGAAGAAGUAUGGCAGCAGCAGCAGCAGCUAGAGCAGCAAUAAUAAGUGUUCUGUGCGCGAGUGCAACGAAAAUAACACACAAUACACGGCGAUAAAAAAAAGAAAACGCGAAAUAGGCACAGGCACAAAAUACGAAAAAAAAAAUAUAUAUAAUUGCUGCGAAGUGAGUGUGCACAACUGCGCCCCCGCUCCGCUUCGCUCCGGUCCCCUCCACCGCCGCCGCCACCACCCCAACAUCUUUACCUCCCCGUGCGCGCGUGAGUGUGUGUGUGUGUGCGAGAGCUCCCCAUUUGUAUCCGCCGCGCGUAUCUGUGUGUGUGUGUGUAUGUGAAAAACAAAAGCCAAAUCGGAGCAGCAGCAGUAGCAGCAGCCCAAGAAUAUAUAGAAUCAAGGAAAUGCAAUAUAAAAACAGCCGCCUCAGGUGCGUGCUGUAAUCCCAAAACCCAAUUGGAUACCAAUCGGAAGGAGGCAGGCCACCGACCAAUCUACACAAAUACCAACGCACUUUUUUUCCGUUCCGUUCUGCCGUGAAAAGAGGUCAAAGGCGCAACAAAAGUUUUUCAUGCGGUAACCACGAAAAAAAAAUAAGAAAAUACAAAAAUACAGAAUACAAAAACAACAAAAAAAAGUGCCAACCAGCUGAGAGCGCAAAAAAAAAAACAACGUCGCAGUUCUGCGUUAAAACAAUAAAAUAUAAAAAAAAAAAUAAAAAUACCGCCAGUGUGUGCGUACGCGUGCGGGUGUGUGUGUGUGAGUGUGUGUGUUUGUAAGUGCGAGCGAGAAAAACAACAACAAUCAGUUGUUAAAACAAUUUUUUGCCAACAAACUCAAAUCAGAUGCCGAUUUUCGGAUUUAAUCACACCAACAAACAACAACAAUAACAACAUCAGAAGCAGCCACCAAUUUCGACUCAAAAUCAAAUCUGGUUUUAUCAGGCGACGUUGACAGAAAAACGCGGCAAGACGCAAAAGGCAAUAACAAUACAAUAAAAUACAACAAAUAUUAUAAGAAAGAAACAAAAACAAAAAAACCGCCAAAAAAAUUUAAUUCUUCUAUAUGAGAUUUUAAUCAAGCUAAAACAAAAACAAAAACAACAAGAACCAAAAAAUUUGCAUAGCCAGAACGGCGAGAGAGAGAGAGAGAGAGAGCGCAGCAGCUCAAAAAUUCUAAUUGGAGUUUGCCGCGCAACAGAGACAGCGAGAGAGUGUGAGAGAGAGCAACGGAAUAUUUGUUGUCCAAGCCCGCGCUUGAAAUACCAACCUCCUUCACGAUGGCCAAUCCGCGCAAGUUCAGCGAAAAAAUCGCCCUGCAGAAGCAGAAGCAGGCCGAGGGCACGGCGGAGUUCGAACGGAUCAUGAAGGAGGUGUAUGCCACAAAGCGGGACGAGCCGCCGGCCAAUCAAAAGAUCCUCGAGUGCCUGGGCAACCAGGAGGGAGGCCAAUCCUCGCCAGGAACGGCCGGAAAUGGCGGUAGUGGCGGCAGUGGCACUGGCAGUGGAGCUAGUGGAGGUGGAGCCUCGCCAGAUGGCUUGGCGGGCGGUGGAGGUGGAGGCUCACCGACGGCGUAUCGUGAGUCGCGGGGGCGCAGUGUGGGCGUGGGUCCCAUGCGGAGACCCUCGGAACGGAAGCAGGACAGGUCACCCUACGGCAGCAGCUCCACAGCGCAGCAAACCCUGGACAAUGGGCAGCCCAAUCCGCAUCUGCUGGGGCCGCCCACGUCGGAUAGUCUGUGGCGGCGCUCCAACUCCGAUUCGGCUCUCCACCAGAGCCUGAAUAUGGCAGUGGCGGCAGAGGCAUCUGGCGGGUUCUCCACGGAUCUCAACACUCUCCACGCCAACUACCAACAGCAGCAGCAACAUCAGCCGGUCCAGCAACGAUCUCACUCGCCGCACCACGCGAUAGGCAGGAGUUUCAGUCCGCAGGCCCAGCGUAGGAAGUCGCCGAUGCUGCAGCCACACCAGCUGCAGCUGCAACAGCUCCAGCAGCAGCAACAGCAGAUGCAGCAGCAGCACCAACUGAUGCAGAUGCAGCAACAACAGCACCAACAACAGCAACAACAGCAGUUGCAACAUCAGCAGCAGCAGCAACAACAGCAACAGACCACGCCAUAUAACGCCAAAUUCACGAACUCACUGUUCCGGCCGCUACAGGAUCAGGCCAACUACGCCAACACAGGCUCCCUGCCAGAUCUCACAGCACUUCAGAACUAUGCACCCCAGCAGCAGCAGCAGCAGCAGACGCUGCAACAGCAACAGACGCCACAGCAACAGCAGCAGCAGUUGCAACAAACCCUGUCGCCGGUCAUGUCGCCGCACAAUCACCGGCGGGAAAGGGAUCAGUCGCCGAGUCCGUUUAGUCCAGCGGGAGGAGGCGGUGGAGGUGGUGCGGGUCCUGGGUCUCCCUAUCACCAGCAACAGCACUCGCCCACCAGCAACGCGCAACAACAACAGCAACCGAGCAGCUCGCCACACCUGUCCUUCACCAACCUGGCCACAACGCAAGCGGCCGCGGGAUCGGGCACCUUUAAUCCCCUGCCGACGCUGGGGCCGCACAACGCCACCGAUUACCGCCAGCCACCGAAUCCGCCUAGUCCGCGCUCCUCGCCCGGCCUGCUGAGCAGCGUCUCGGCCACGGAUCUGCAUUCGAGUGCGCCGGCCAGCCCGAUCCGCCACCAGCAACAGCAGCAGCAGCAGCCAGUGCCACAGCAGCAGCAGCAGCAGUUCGAUACCUCGUACAACAGUCUGAAUACCUCGUUCCACAAUCAGUUCGAGAUCUUCUCGCUCGGCGAUAGUAAUUCCUCGCCGGAGCAGCAGGGAUUCGCCAACAACUUUGUGGCCCUGGACUUUGAUGACCUGAGCGGAGGUGGCGGUGGCAACAACGGAGGAGGAGGAGGUGGCGGCGGUAAUGCCGGAAGUGGAGGCAGCAAUGGGGGUGGAGCCCUGACCAAUGGUUACAACAAGGAGUUGCUGGACUUUAGCGAGCUGAGCGGCAGUCCCGAGGCGAGCGGGAACAACAACCACCUGCGAAGGGGAGUCACCAGCCUGAACAACAACGGGCUGAGCAACGGAGUCGGUUCGACGCACAACGGAAGCACAAAUCUUAACGGAGCGGGGAACAACAAUAGCAGUAGUAAUGCUGGUGAUCCUCUGGGCAUAGCUUCCUCGCCAGUGCCCUCGCCCCUGGGCGGUCCAAGCUCUCCGCUUCCCAUACCCAUGUCGGGACAGGCGUCACCGCAGCAGCAACACCACCAUCACCACCACCAACAGCAACAGCAGCAGCAGCAGCAACAGCACUUGCAACAGCAACAACUAUCCCUGUCGCUGCACCACUCUCCACACCACUCGCCGAUGCACUCGCCCCACCACGGGAACUCUCCGCUGUCCAGCAGUUCACCCUGCUCCAACUCCAAUGUGCUCCUGAAUCACCACCAACAGCAACAGCAGCAACACCAUCACCAGCAGUCCCAUCACCACCAAGGAGCGUCACAAAGUCAUACGCCCACGACAGCGAAUAUUCCCUCGAUUAUAUUCAGUGAUUACUCCUCCAAUGCGGACUUCUCGAGGGAGAUCUUUGACACGCUGGACCUCGACCUGGGCCAGAUGGACGUGGCUGGGCUGCAGAUGCUGUCGGACCAGAACCCCAUCAUGAUCGCCGAUCCGAACAUCGAGGACAGUUUUCGGCGCGACCUCAACUGAUACUAUGAGGAGGCUGUUGCGGCCAUCGAGAGCGGAGUGCUGCUGGAGGAUACCUACCAGGCGCUGCUGGGAUCAGGAUCGGGAUCGGAGCAGGACGAGCCGGCAGUUACCGUUGAGGAUGCAGCCGAGACCGCAGCAGCCGUGGCUUUGGCAGCCGAAGCAUCAGCAGUUAGCGAAAAGGAUAAGAAGGAGCUGGAGGUGGUGGAGCUGCUGGUGCCCGGUGUAAUGGACGACCUGGUGGACUCCAGCGACCUGGACGAGGAAGUGCGCAACUUCUUCUUUUAGGCCGUUAGCCAUUUUUCGUUAAUGUUGUUAACCGUUUUCGUCCGUGCUUUCGUAGUUAGUUUAAAAAACAAAAAAACAAGAAAUUUAGAAAAAAUCAAGCAUCAUUAACCCCUAAGUGUACUUCAGUGUCUUUUUACACCCCCUCUUUCCUCUUAAAACACACACCCAAGAAAGAAAUGAACCCUUGCCCCUCCAGCGAGUCUCAGAUUUUACUUAACUACGCACAUAAGUAUACUCUACAAUCUAAAAAACUAAUUUCUGUACAUAAACGAUAUGAUUAUGAGUAU